AUGAACCUGAAAGCCUCUGGGGCUGCCCCAAUCUGUCUACAACAUACACUCUAUAAAGGUAAUGAGGCCGAAAGGUUCCUCGCGCAGACGGCGGAAUUGGAUAUAAGAGGCUGGGCUUCCAAGAUUCACACUGCUGUGUCAAGAUGUCGUGAAGCCGGCCAAUCGUGUGCUCCUCGACCCCAUGCUUUACCGAAACGUCUCAUCCAAGUACAGAACGAAGAUCUGGGUGAAGAGACUGUGAGGAUGUACCAAACAAAGAUAGGCGAGCUGGGCAACUACGUGGCUCUGAGCCAUGUUUGGGGAGGCCCUCAGAAAGUCACCACAACACACAGCAAUAUUGCACAACAUCUGGCCUCCAUCUCCGUCAAGUCUCUAGGGAAAUCCAUUCGCGACGCUAUAACCUUCGUCCGGGUGUUGGGUAUCAGAUAUCUUUGGGUUGAUGCGCUGUGCAUCGUCCAAGAGAGUGACAAAAUCGACGAGAUCAACAACAUAGGCAAGAUCUAUCGUGACGCUUGGGUUGUCAUCGCAGCGGAGGCUAGUCACGAGGUCGAGCAGGGAUUCCUCCAGGAAUGGCCUGUCAGGCGGUCGCCUACCUUGGACAUAAGUCUUCCAAACGGACGCAGUGGGACGGUGAUGAUCGGGGCGGGCGGCUUGGAUUCUCUGGAGACGCAAGCACGACCUAAACCGCUACGAUCCCGGGGUUGGGGUUUUCAAGAAUCAAUGCUGAGCCGCCGUCUUCUUACCCUCCACUCCGAGAGCAUAAGUUAUAACUGCACAACAAGCUCACAUGGAGUUAUGAUUGCAUUCGACAAAACCAGAAGCUGUGAAGGUGGGACCAGCAACAUCGACGGCUCCUAUAUCAACUGGUGGUUAACAGGGGCGGUCAUAAGCAGUCCCCAUCGUCUGACCCUGACAAUCAUCCGGGCACAUCCUCUGAUAGAUAAAGGUCUGGGAGCUGCCGCGCAAUCACAAAGCGCGACCGAUGUUGGUGGUCGCCAGUCCCUGCUUCUCAUUUGGCGCGAUAUCACCUGGGAAUAUGCCGAACGGCAGCUUGCAGUCUGGUCAGACCGUCUCCCGGCCAUUGCGGGUAAAGCCACACAAUUCGAAGCGUCGAUCGGUUCCGAGAAUUACUUGGCCGGGUUGUGGAAACCAUGGAUCAUCUCCCAGUUAGCAUGGUUGCCCUACCCUUUGCUGAUGGCUGUUCCAGAAAGACUACCCAUCGACAAGGAUGUCCGUUUCCUAAAAGCGAUGAUUCUCGAAGGGUUCGCAAAGGGAAGUGACCCAGUCAAAGCUGACGGUUUCGUCACCGGCACGUACCUGCCCUCUUCGCCCUCCGCAACACUGGCAAGAUAUAGGAAAGUCGGUCGUUCAGCAAUCUUGCAAUCGCCGACAUGGUCUUGGUAUACCCAUCAGCAUUCUGGCCGCUGGUUGAACGGUCUCAGAGAGGACGCCGUCAUGAUCAGCAGCACUCAAACCCUUGUCUCUGACAAGGUACCUUUCGGCGCCGUCCUGAACGCAACCAUCACAAUCCAGGCCCAAUUCGUUUUCCUCUCCGCCAUGGAAGAAAGGUUAAACUGGUCGAGUUCCUACCUCUAUAUGGAAUACAGUGGAGACGUUAUGGCCGAGUGCGGCAUCGAGCCUUCGCUCUACAUGUUGCUUGGUGCCAUGAUACCUGAUAGUAAGGAUCAGCUGGAAGAACCACUAGAUACGAUCGGACUCGUCUUGAGAGCAUGCAAAGAAGAUAGCCAACGGUGCUUGUUUGGGAAAUCCCUACGAAUUCCGCACUACCAGCGAAUCGGCAUCAUAAAGGUAGCAAGCCGGGACUCUCAUAUUUGGUAUGGUCUCAAAGCUCAAGGUGCUGUUGUUACCCUUAUUUGA